AUAUAUAAAGUCAUUAACUGUUAUAUUUAUUUACGUUUAUAUUAUUAUUUUGUUCACACUACAUUAAAACGUUGCUCUAUAAAAACGAAAUCUAAAACUAUGUUUUAAGCCAUUUCAUCUUUUACAAUUCAGAUAUUUGUUUUACACCGUUUAUAUAUUUUCAUCAAUAAAUAUAUAUAUUUAAAUUAUAUGCUAUAAUUUAUUUAUAUUUGUUUCAUAUGAUUCAUUUGAUUUGUUUUCACAAUUCAAAAUAUACUAUUAAUAUAUUUAAGGGUUGUUUGAGAUUUAUUCUUCUGGUUUAUUUUGACACUAUAAUCAAAUUUUAAAUUACUUGACCUCGUCAAUUUUUUUUCAAAAGAUGAAAAGUCAAGAAAGAUAGAAAGAAAAAUAAAGAAAGCUGCCCACGGAUUUACAUAAAAUAUAUUUCUUAUUUCUUAACCAAGUUGCUUGAUAAUUAAACGUUCCGUCAAGAUUUUCUAUUUAUUUGGGGCAAGUAGAUUUAAGACCUUUACAACGUAGGCCUAUUACAACGUCUAAUUAGAAAUAAGGCUUCAUCACCAAAAAUGUUUCAUAAUUUCACUAGUUAUUGUAUUUAUCGACAAAAUAAAUAUGUUAUUUACCAUAUAAUUUAUGUUGUUAUAUACAAGUUAUAUGUAUUUAUUAUAUUUCUUACUGUAUUAAGCAGCUCAACGUAAGAAGAAAUAUAAACCAUAGUUUUAUUUUGCAAAAAAGAUUCUUAAAUGGUAAAUACUUCAAACUAAUUAUAAAUAUUUCAAGUUGGUCGACCAUUAUCAAUACAAUCAGCCCACAGGAAUACAGUCCGUGGGUUUUAAAUUUCAAUUUUAAGAGAAUGGACUUCUGUAUUACUAUGUCGUCCCGCUAUAUAUACGUAUUGAUUCUUCCAUUUCUCACACAACAUAAUCAAAAAAAGAAAAUAUACAGAAAGUUGAUAGUAGGGUACAAGUUCGCUUUUGAUCACUGUCCUCAAAAAGAGAAAAAAAGGACCAGCUGAAAUGGGGCGUUGGGUGAGACCUGAGGUGUACCCUCUUCUCGGAGCAAUGGGAUUUGUAACAUCUAUGGUUGUGUUUCAACUCACGAGGAAUGCAUUAUUAAACCCUGAUUGCAGGAUAAGUAAAGAGAACAGAAAAAUGGGAAUUCUGGAAAAUGAAGAUGAAGGAGAAAAAUAUGCACAACACAAUCUUCGCAAGUAUUUGAGGACCCGUCCACCUCAAGUUAUGCCUUCUCUCAACCGUUUCUUCUCUGAAGAGGACAACUAAACUAUUUCACCUUAUCAUAAAAGUUACUUAUAUACUCAAUAUACAAAUUAAAUCUAGUUUGGACAUGCUUAAUGUGUAUUGUAAUAGCUAGCUUCAGAUCAUCUUGUUAAAUAUUUAUAAUAAAAAGGUUGAAACAUGUCUUAACCUGGCCAUCGUAGUUCUUAAAAUCAUAUGUUGUUCAGUGAAAAAACGGAACCUUCAAUCUUGUGCAUGCUAAUCA